AUGUCGCAGAAUAAGCAAUGGAACGUUCUCUGCUGGAACAUGCGUGGGAUCAACUCUGAAAAGAAGCAGUUGGCGUUUCAUUACUGGAUCAAACAACCUGGGUUUUUUGAUGUGGUUCAACGGUCGUGGGCCAAACGCUAUUAUGCCCCAAACGCAGCCGCGGUGCUGUGCCAGAAGCUUAAAACUCUGCGCUAUGAUCUCAAGCAGUGGAGCAGGAAAAUCUCCAAGCUUUCGAUGCUCAUCGACAAUUGUAACAAGACCCUCUUAGAGAUUGACGACCUAGAGGAGAGGAGACGACUGUCUGCCCCUGAGACCAACUUCAGAGUUAUCCUGAAACAACAUCUUCUUUAUCUGUUGGACUGCCAGAAAGCUUAUUGGAAGAAGCGCUGCACGGUCAGAUACUUCAAAUUUGGAGACGGCUACACGAAAUUCUUUCAUAGAGUGGCCACUGAACGGUACCGUAGAAACAGUAUCGCAUCUCUCAGACUACCUGACAACUCGAUCAUACAUGAUCACGUCGGCAAGGAGGCUGUGCUCUUUCAGGCGUUUAAGGAAAGACUCGGGUGUUCCAACCAGACCAACAUGAAAUUUGACUUGCCUCGGAUCAUCAAAAGGGUAGAAGGGCUUCAAGCUCUGUCUGCUCCUUUCACCCACGAGGAAAUUGGCAAGGUGAUCAAAGAGAUGCCGGCCGGCCGUGCUACAGUCCCGGAUGGUUUUAGUGGUAGUUUCAUCAAGUCGUGCUGGCAGAUCAUUAAGGAUGAUUUCUAUCGGCUUUGCUCCGAGUUUCAUGCAGCCGAUCUGUUGCAAGCUGCCAUCAACGACGCUUACAGAGCGGGGGAUCUCCAGCUGCCCAUGCCUGCCCGAGAGGGUGAUUACCCUGUGAUCCAGUACGCCGACGACACAAUCCUUGUGAUGCCCGCUGAUGAGAUCCAAGCCGAAACCAUCAAGUCCAUCCUACAAGACUACGUGUCGUCAGUGCGGUUGCGAAUUAAUUUCCAAAAAUCAACUCUUAUUAUAGUCAACACCGCCGCAGACACCACCUCGCAUCUGGCACAGGUUUUUGGAUGCUCCAUCGGGGCCAUGCCGUUUACAUAUCUAGGGCUGCCCAUGGGAACGGCCAGGCCGACGGUCGCAGACCUCAUGCCGCUGGUAUCGUCUGUUGAGCGCAAACUCUCUACGGCAGCCUCUCUGCUUGACCUUGGUUCGAAGCUUACCCUGGUGAACUCGGUGAUUACCUCUCUUGCGAUCUAUGUGAUGUGUUCCAUCAGACUCCCGCCGAAAAUACUGGAUCAUCUGGAUAAACUGCGGCGAUAUUGUCUCUGGGCAAAGAACACGAAUGAUGGCUUGAAAGCAGUCUCCAUGGCAGCCUGGGAUUUAGUUUGCAGGCCCAAGCACAAAGGCGGACUCGGGGUGCUUGAUCUGAAGAUCCAAAACCAGGGCCUGCUGCUUAAGCAACUACACAAAUUUUAUAACCACAGGGACAUUCCGUGGGUUGAUCUUGUUUGGAACACAUACUAUGACGGCUUAGUCCCGCAUGCCUCGGGUCCCUGUGGGUCGUUCUGGUGGAAGGAUGUCAUGAACCUGGCGCCUACCUACAGAGCUGUCACUUCGGUUGAGGUGGGAGAUGGGAGCUCAACCUUGUUCUGGAAAGAUGCCUGGCAUGGUGAUAUACUGGCUGAUAGUCACCCCCGUCUUUUCUCCUUCGCUAAACAUGAAGACAUAUCUGUCAAAAUGCUCCUGACGUCGCCUACGCUUGGACAAAACUUCUACUUGCCGCUUUUGGUUCAGGCUAGAGAUGAGCUUGAUGUUCUGCAAACCUCCUUGGCUUCGCUGGAGCUCACGGAGGUGAAUGAUGCCUGGCAUACGGUUUGGGGAUCGGAGGAGCUCGCCUCUAGUAGGUUCUAUCUGCACUGUUUUCGGGACAUGGAAGCGGAUGAUGUGUUUAAAUGGAUCUGGAAAGCAAAAUGCACCAACAAAUGGAAGGUUUUUGCGUGGCUGCUUCUUGCGGAUAGGCUGAACACCCGGGGGCUGCUCAAGAGGAAACACACGAAGCUGAGAGAUGAUAACUAUGCAUGCCUGCUAUGCCACCACCCACCCGAGGAAACUGUGGAACAUCUGUUCUUCCACUGUGAAUUCAGCAAAGCAUGUUGGGGGAAGCUGGGGAUCGCAUGGCCAAUACAUGGCAACCGGGUGCAACUUUUGCAUGCAGCUAAGAAUACGUGGGGCGGGCCAAUGUUCAUGGAUGUCUUUAUCGUGGCCUCUUGGAGCAUAUGGAAGGAACAUAACAAUAUGCUGUUUAGAAGUGUGACGUCGACCAUCGAUGGGUGGAGCCAGAGAUUCAAAGGGGACUUUGGCAUGAUGAGACACAGGAUCAAAGAGGCCUUAGUGCCAUUUGUUGACCAGAUUGUUGCUCUGCUCUAG